AUGGCAAAAAGUGUUCUGCCCCUCGCGCAUUUGUGCGUGAUCUUUCUGUUCAUGCAAAGUUCAGCUGUCCGUGGACUGGACAAGACUUGGAAGCCACAUGCGCUGAAAGGGGAUCCAGUAGCGGCUCUAACCGUCAGCUAUACUCGACCUCCAGAGAAAUGCGCGGGCUACUUUUGGCCUGCAGCAACUUACAAUGAUGCGUGUGACAUCUGGAAACAAAUCUGCUUGUCGUUCGAUGCCAAAGCGGUCCCCUUCAUCAGGGAAGACACAGAGGCAGAGGUUGCCAAAAACGAUCGGGCUUAUGCGAAGGUCGACUGCUAGUGAGUGCACUUCUGCGCAGGGGAGCAGUCCAGCAGCUCUACUCAGCAGCUUUAAUCUCUUGUCUCUUCGUUGCAAAGCCUGCCUAAGGCCGACAUUUCGUACGUCAAACAAGCGCGCGAAUUGAUCUGCUGGGCUGAGUACUCUACGCUUAAAGAUUGGUAA